UACCCACAAAUUUGUUGCCACAAAUUGGGUCUCCCUCCCUAGAUUUGAUGAAAGCUAUAGUUUAAAGCCUGUUUGAUGGUCGAUCAGUUUCAGUACUAAAACACGAGUUGAAAGUCAAAGUGUCCCUGGUAUUUGCACUUGAGCUGUUCUGGGUUCCUGGAAAAGAACACACAAAAACACAAAAGAUUUUAUUUCAUUUAUUUUAUUUCAUGUUUUCAGAUUCAUCGUUCGCUGUGUGUGUGUGUGUGAGAGUGAGUGAGAGAGAGGUUCCUGGGAAGGUUGUGGGUGGAGAGGGAAUUGAAGGACGGUGAGAUGGUCGGGUAGGCGGUGCAGCAGCGGAGAGUACUGGUUUUGAGUAGGGGAAGGAGUGACGACCCCCCAGGUCACGCGUGGUGGGCUGUGGACUCGAGAGUGGGUUUCGUGGAUGUUUGGUUGAGCUGGGGUUUUUAAUGUCGAGUGUGCCUAUUCUAGUUCGAGAUAAAGUUGCGGCGUUUCUGAGCUACGCUAGCUGCACCUCGUGAAGACAAGCGGUUCGGCCUAUCCAGUGAUUAAAGUUUGGCAACUUGUAGAGCGGAAUGUUGCAUGUAUUCGGAAUUGGCAACCAACUGGAAUCACCACUGCAGUGAUCCUGGACGGGCUUUUAUGAUUCGUCGAAGUUGAAUUUCUUUGUGGAAGAGUGUAGAACUUGGAAGUGAUUUCCGGAUUUGUUUCACGAAUGCCCACGACUUUCUAGUUUAGUGAUGCUCUUGAAAGGGGUCGAAGAGAAAAGUAUAAGGUGGAUUCGAUGAUUCUGAAUAUUAGAUCUAAGAUAGAAGCUGUAAGCGAUUGUGAGUUUACAGACGGAGCUGCGACACACGAAUCUCCAUUAGCUUAAAGUUUUCCUCUUAGAGAGCUUCAACUCCGUGAUGUUAUGAAGGUUCAAGCAACAACAGUACUAGAUAGCAGACGCUUCCUCGAUCUCCAGACAAUGAUUUCAGACUGUCAAUUUGCAGUGGAUGGUGCAAAGUGAAAUUGACACGAAUUGCGAUCUCAUUGCUACAUCUUUCAAUCUGAUUAAGUUUCCACAACUCAACGCGACUCGAUCAGGACUACAUCAUCGAGUUGUCGCUGGUUGGGAUAUGAUUUGCGUGUGGAACCAGCCAGAAAGAAUUGACAAGCUGGAACCAACUGACCCUCCAGAUUUCAAACUGACGCCCCCGAGCAGUUUUCGAGACCUCGCCACUGGCCAAAUGGCUGGGGUCUCCACCAUGGUAUCCAAUUUUCCACUACCCUUAGGGACAUCGGCUUACUCGAAUGCUCUCAGCGGAUUUUCAAAUGCGGCGCAAUAUACCAACUACUGGGGAAGCAACAACCCUCUCAAUCCGAAUCCCACUGAUGAGGGCUUAGGCGCUGCGAUCACAGGUCACAAGCGGUUACGCUCCGAGAAAUCUGAUCCUUUCUCCUCGCACUAUGCCGCUACAUGGAAUUAUCCUUCAGCUUCCCUCAUCGCUGACCACUCGAACAUCGUGGGAAGCAGCAUGUCGGUGGAUUUGGCAUCACGCGCAAGUGAAGAGAUGUCGUGGGCAGCUCCCCUUGGGGAAGUCGUGAAGAAGGCAACGGAGAGAUCGUCACCCCCGCGGUGCACAGGCAGCCCAAGCAACACGCAGGACCAAUACAGCUCGGAUUCGGGAAUUCUUCAUUCGGAUUACGUUGCCAGUUUACCCUUCUCACUUCCACACAAUGAAGAUCCUCAAAUGCGCAAAUCAAGUGGGUUAGAGCAGUUGGAAGGAGGAGGCAGCCACCCGGGUGAACGAAGUGGGCAAGGUAGCGAGGCGACGCCAACACCCUCCCCGUCACCGCCAGUGAAGAAGCGGAGGUAUCGCGGCGUGCGCCAGCGGCCGUGGGGGAAGUGGGCAGCGGAGAUUCGCGACCCUAAGAAAGCAGCUCGCGUCUGGCUGGGCACGUUCGAUACGGCGGAGGAUGCAGCGAUGGCGUAUGAUAUCGCUGCUACCAAAUUCAGAGGCUUAAGAGCAAAGCUGAAUUUCCCCGACGGAAAGAUCCCGAGCACACGUUCCGCCUCCGCCACCACCAUUUCUCCCACUCCCGUUUCCAAUCCCGCUCCUGCCUCGAAUCCUCUACCGCAGACCGACCCAUACUCUAAGCGAUGGACAUCACAAGCUGCUCCAGCCACAGAAUCUUCGCAUCAUAGCGCUAAGGAAUUAUCCUGGAACUCGCAGAUUCGGCCCUCUGUUGAUCCCCACCCGAUGAUGUUCACCAAUGCAGGAGCUAAUUCACUGCAACAGGAUCAUAGCCCUGGGCAACCAUCACAACAGCCGCAAUCGACCAGCAGCAGCAGCUUGUGGUCCUCACGGGCUGUGCCUCCUUCGCCUCUGCCACUUCCUCCCUCCCCAUGGCAAAACAUUUCUAUCCUGGAGUCGCAAAAUUUCCAAAUGUCUCAAGAACCACAGAACUAUCAUCACCGGGCUCAGUACUUGCAACUAGAUUCGAGAUUACACAUGAAUCCGCACCAUAUAAGUCCUGCUGAUGAGUAUUCACGAUUCAACUUGGGAAGUAGAGAUUCAGGUCCAGGAGACGAGCUUUCGCUUGAGCAAAUCAUUGAUCAAGGGUCGAGUCCAUUGCCGCUGUGGAGCCCCAGAGAGGUGCCAUCACCGGGUAGCUUCCCCUUUCUGUUACAGUUUCCAGAUGAGCAACCCCCCCCUCCGUACUAGGAACGCUAUAAAAAAGAUUAGGGUUAGGAUCGGACAUUGAAAAUUACAAAUAAAUAAAUUACAUUAUUCCCUCUCGCAGUGAACUGUAAGCCUUGAUUGUAUUCACCAUUACACUGGUGACGGCCCGUG